UUCAUUACUCACAAUGACCAGUACAUAUCUACAUGUUAUUAAAAGACUCUGAUAUUGUAAACAAUAUCGACUGAGUCGAUGUUAUACGAGUUAAGUUUGUUAUUUUAGUUUGUUUUGGUACGCGUAAAUCCCUCUCGCCGUUCGGUAUGGUAGCGCCCAGCCCAUCUGUUCUCCUCCUGUGAAAUGCGGAUUGAAACAGAUUGUAGGACUCUAUGAGUCGCAAUGGCUGCUGUGUCGCGAGGACAAGUUUUGCAGUUCAGUUAAACAAGUCACAUAUGAGGAAAAUACCGGCUUCGUCAAAACCACACUUUCUUAUUUGAUACGCUCGUUGGACGACAUAAAAAAUGUCCCAGAGAUGGAUAACUUCUGUGGAGGAGAUCCAGUCUUGGUGGGAAGUCCCCGCCAUAGCGCACUUCUGCUCUCUCUUCAGGACGGCGUUCAAUUUACCAGACUUUGAAAUAGAGGAACUUGAGCAAGCACUAAUGAAACAAGACCAACACUUCCUCUCAGACCUCCUCUGCUCCCUGCUGCAAGGAUGUUACCAACGCAGCGACAUCACGAUUCAGUCCUUUAGUAGUUACCUGAAUGACAUUAUCAAUUACCGCUGGGUAUUGGAGGAAGGCAAGCCCAACCCACUAAAGGAGCACCCAUUUGAGGAGCUACCACCCUACACACAGGUGGAGCUCUUGCACAGACUCUGUGACUAUCGUCUUGAUGCUGCUGAUGUCUUUGACCGGCUCAAGGGCCUGGAUGCAGACAGUUUGCGUGUUGAGCCUCUGGGCCAAGAUGGGACUGGGGCCAUCUACUGGUACUUUUAUGGUACGCGGCUGUACAAAGAGGAACCAGUCAAACCAAUGUCUCCUCGACACGGUAAGAUUCAUGACAAAGUACCUGAGAAGAAAAGAAGAGGGAGGCCACCAAAGAAGAAGCUUGAAGAUCAACUGCCAAUGGAGGAUGUGAUGGAGGAGGAGUGCAUGAAGGCAGAGGAGGAGAGUAUUGAAGAAUCUAUACCUGAAAUAGAGUCACAAGAGCGGAAACGUGGGGCCUGGUGUCUGGUGUGUGACACCAAGGAGCAAUGGGCAAGUCUGGCUGAGAAUAUUAAGGACAAAAUCUCCCCUCAGGACCGGCACCUGCAUCGCAUCAUCACACACAACUUUCUGCCUGAGAUCAGUAAAAUGAUCGAACACAAGGAGAAAGAGAUGAUGCAGAAGCUACUGAAUCCACCUGUGGAACGCAACGACCACAACCAUACUGAACAAAAACGUGGCAAAGAGGAUGGGCAGACUUGGGCUACAACUGAAGUGGAGCAGAAGCAGAGAGAGGAGGACCUGGAAAGGCAAGCCUUGCUUGCUGAACAACGGAGAGAAGAAGAUAGACUACUUCAGGAAGAACGGGAGAGAGAGGAACAAGAAAAAGUCAAAGCUGUAGAGGAACGUGCACGUAGAAGGAAGCAGCGAGAGGAGAAGGCCUGGUUGCUCUCCCAAGGGAAAGAGCUUCCACCCGAGCUGCAGAAUCUGGAAACCCACUCACCCAUUCGCAGAGCACGCCGUACUAAGGAGUUAUAUGACAUAGAUGAUGAUUACACUGCUCUCUACAAAGUUUUGGAGGCCCUCAAAGCCCACAAAGAUGCCUGGCCAUUCAUGGAGCCUGUUGACGAGUCUUAUGCCCCCAACUAUAAUGAAAUCAUACAGACUCCAAUGGACCUGUCCACCAUUGAGAGAAAGCUGAAUGAUAGAGAGUAUAUUGCCAAGGAGGAGUUUGUGGCUGAUGUAAAGCUAAUGUUUGAGAACUGUCUGGAAUAUAAUGGAGAAGAGAGUGAAUACACAAUAAUGGCUGAGUCCUUGGAACGCUGCUUUAGCCGAGCCUUACUAAAGCACUUCCCCUCUGAGGAUGGUGACACAGAUGAAGAGUUUCAUGUAAGCAGUGAGGACCGUGAACGCAAGGAGAAGAAAAAGAACAAAAGUCACAGACAGUCCGGGCCUGAGAGCUUGAUCAGAGCCACAGAGCAGGUUCAAAAACGCAAAUCUUCCAACAGUGGCAAAGGAAACAUUCAGCAACAGGACAAACCCAAAUUCGCUUCACAACCCCCUCCCCCCAACUACAGCAAUGGUCCCUCACAUUUCCAUAACAUCCACCCAGGACAGCAACUGCCUGGCAUUUUACAUCCUGCUCAACAGUUUCAACGGCCUGCAGGUCCUCCAGGACCAGGGAUAUAUGCCCAACGUAUGAUGAUUGACCCCCAGUAUCCAUAUCCUGGACAGGGACCCCUCAUGUCCAGGCCACCAGGGGACCAUGGACCUCAGCAUAUACCUCACUACAACAUGCAGAAUUUCCACAUGAAUGGUCCACAUCUUGGUCCCAGAUACCCAGUUGGACCUGAUGUCCGACCACUUCAACCUCCACAUCAGAAACUUUCCUAUCCUGGACCCACUCAUGGCCCUUCCCUGGGCCCAAGGCCAGUAGCCCAUCAGCCUGGAGGCCUCUGUGCCCCUCCACAUGAGGGCAACAUGUACCCUUCAACCCAACAUUUGGAAGGACAGCCCAUGCAGCCUGUGGGGAACAGGUACCCGAGGCCAGGUGUCCCAAUGCAUAGUUCCUACUCUCCUUAUGGCCCCCAUGGCAUGAACAUGCCCAGGAUGUGGCCACCCAUGAACUAUCAAGGACAGCAGACACCUGGUGGACCAAUGAUACAAGAACAGAGUACGACUAGCCAGCAUCCAUACAAUCACAGCAUGAUCCGUCCACCACACAGUGGUGGUUAUGCAAUGGCAAAUAGUCAAUACAGAAUGCCCUCUGUCAACUCCCAAAGUUCCAUUGGUCAAAGACCACCAGGGGCCCCUCAGGACUCGAGGCCACUUUUGGCAUCUAUGCUUGAUAGUCCAGAGAUGAUUGCCCUCCAGCAGCUUUCUGCCUCAUCGUCCCAAAAUGUUGGCAUCUUCCAGCCCACUCCACAAAGUAAGAGUACAACUGUAACUGCACGGUCGUCUCCUGAAAACCAGCUCUUCAGUCUCUCUAGAGAUGGUAUAGCAGACAACCAGCACACACCCAUAUCCCCCAAAGGUUCAAGUCCAAAAUCUGGUGAUAAACAGUUGCCAGUAGAGACUUCUAAUCUUACUAAUGCAGACAGCGGCCCUUGUCCCAAUCAAACAGAAAAGUCUGAGCAACCUUAUAACUGUCUGCAGAACCUACCUGUGCCAGACUGGCAUAGAUCACCACAGAGCCAAACAUCACUAGGUAAAUCUCCAGCAUCAGUGUCUACUCCAAGCACAGAAUGUUCUGAUCAGAAUGAAGACAAACAUGAACGACCAAAUCUAGAAACACCACACAACAGUGACCAAACCAAUUCUCAAAAUGCUACCCAACUAGUACCCCAGAAGCAAAAAUCUGUGAAGGAUUCUUCAAAAAUUUCCCCAAUUGAUCCUCAGCAAAUCCCCCAGCAUCCCUCUCAACAAAUCCAUCAAAAUGUUUCACAACAGUUUACUGGGAAUGGCUCUCAACAGCAAUCCCAGAAUGUUCCUCCACAAAUGCUUCGAAAUCUUUCUCAAGAAAUUGCACAAAAUGUAUUUCAUCAUUACUCUCAAAAUGGCUUACAGCAAGUACCACACAAUGGAUCUGUCAGAGGCCCACAGCCAGGAUUUCUCCAUGGAAUGCCACAGAUUCCACUCCAGGGAGGGCAGCAUGGCGUUCAUCAGCCUGCAACCCUCAGCUCUCUACCUCCCAGCCACCCUGUAUCCCAUCCACUUGCUCAGCCCUCUCCAGCUGAUCAGGGAGACCAAAGGCCUUGUGAGCCUACCAGCAGGAUAGUGUCAGGUGGGAGCAUGGCUUCCCAAGAUAGCAGCAAUGCUAAACUAAAUACUGAUUCUGCCAGUGGACUUUACAAACAACAGCCCUUAGGUCAGGAGACACAAUCCAUGCUGGGAAGGCAGGGACCAGCACCGCUUCACAGUCAGGCUGGUCCAACACACUCUCAGGGUCCAGAGAGCAAUACCAUGGCUCAAUACAAUGUAAAUCAGCCAACACAUCAACACUUCGGCCCACAGGUAGGUAGACCAUUACACCCCUCAAACCACCAGCCUUACCCAAGUCAUGGACCUCCAUCACAAACAAAUAGCCUCAGUCAUAAUCCUGCACACUAUCCUGCUUAUCACCAGCAAGGAGUUCCAUACCAGUAUUGCAUGGCCACACAACAUCCUCAGGGCCAUCCAAGCAUGUAUCCUCAGUACCAGCAGUUCUAUCAGACCCGCAGACAUGGAUUUCGAGCUGAGGAGUGGCCUAGACCUCCAUACCAGCCUCAACCCCCAGUGAUGCCCCAUUCUUACCCAUCACCAUUAGUUGGCACUUUUAAUGGCCGGCAGAAGGACACCACCAUGUCUCCACAGGGCUCAGAUGGGUCUGGUGGGAGCUUAAUGUCACCAAGUCCUUUACCUGAUGGGUCUCAUGGGAGCACUUUGGAAAGCAGAGAUGGUUGCAGCCCUGCCAAGCAGGCAAGAACUGAAGAGCCUUCUGAAUGCUCCGGCAGCCCGAAAGAGAUCUUGGACCUGGACAGCCACAAUGCUGCAGCCCGACGUCGUACUUCAUCUCAGCCGCACCACAAUUUCCUAUAUGGCCCUCGUUCCAUGCAUUCCAGCAUGCAGCAAGGUGGUGCGACUCCACCCCAAAUGAUGGCAGGUGGUUCAUAUUCCAGCCACCAAUUUCCCAUCAGACAAUUUGCCCAACAGCAUCCACAUCCACAUUUGAUGGAAGCCUUACAGAGGCCCCAGCACCUGCCUUUCUCCCCAGGCCAAAGUCACAUGGCUAUGUACAGGCAUCCAGAUGUUGCCGGGCACUUCCAGGGAAUGGUCAUUCCACAAAGAACAGUGGUUGCAGAACACUUACUUCGCACUGGGCAGCAGAUGUUGGGUACAGCAUCUCCCAAUGGCCCAGGCAAUAAACAAGGAGUAUGAAAGGUAAAAUUGCAGUGGCAGCUUGUGAAAAUGAGUACCUUCUACAACACUGUUACAUCCUGGAAUAUACAAGGAAAUGGAGAACACAAUGACAGAACUGAGGAAGAUUGGCGAUGUAAUAAUUUACUGAAAAUGGCAAACUGUAACAUCAGUAGGAGUCCCCACUCCUCAGACAAUCUCCUGAUAUAGUGUAACUCAUAGCCCCCACCUUCAAAAUAAAAGAAACUUUUGGGACACUGAUAAACCAUUUUGGAUUAGGCACUAAUUUUCAAUAAGGAGGGAAAGGAACAUCUCAGUGCUAGGAGAUGUGCUCAGUGAGCUGGACCACUGACCAAGGAAAAGCUGUGAAUCUUCAGUCCUCUCUUUUGUGCUUAAAUAUGGUUUAUACUCAUAACUACUGGUCUGCAGCUUGUCUUUAUGGAAUGUCUCUUUGACCUCAUUUCCUGUAGGAAUAACAUAUCUGAAGCUCCUUCACAUGAGCAGUUAAAAGAAGAGUAAAGAAACUGGAUGUUGCCAAUGAGAAAAGUGAGGUGUCAUUUACCAGUUAGUGUUCCUUCUCAAAGUUAAACUCAGGUGAAGUAAAAAAAAAAAAAAAAAAAAAAGGUGCUGAGACUUCUUGAGCUGUUUCCAAGCUCCAUUGACAAACUAGGCUCAGUUGCCUUUAUUGUUGAAUGUUCUGUGAAUGAUUUUAGAUAUAGUAAUAAUGCAACACAAUGAAUGAAAGAUGGAUUUUAUACUCCACUGGGAAACCACACCUGGAGUGUUUUUAUGAGGUGGUGUUCACUUCAACUAAAACACAACAUCCACUAAAGUUCUGGUGUUAUGCAUCCUUUUAAUGCCGCUUCAACUUGAAGAUUGUCUUUUAUUUACAUAGACUGGCAGAUAACCUGGCUUCUGUAUUUGUUAUGCACUAGGAAUAGUCUUUCAUACUGGAAUUAGUGGCCUUGGACUAAAAUUAGACUUGUGCUUCUUUGUAUGAGACUAAAUUCUACAACUUUUACUUAAGUUGUCUCUAUCUUUAAUGUGUGUCUGGUUGUCUCUUGUUGUGUCCUACUAGUUUAUGUGCACAGAAUGAAAAUGAAUCAGGUUUUAGAUACUAAGGGUUUUUUUUUGUUUUUUUGUUUUUUAAACCUCUAUACAGGCUACUGGUCAGUUUUUUUUUUUUUUUUUUUUUUUUUUUUUUCUUACCAUGGUUUCCUUGAAGGCUGAUUUAUUGUCAUCUGAUGUCUAUCAUCAUUUGCCAUCUUAAUUUUUUGUUUUCACACACUGGAAUGGAAAUUUAGAUUGUCACAAACGACAACCAACUGGAGCUGCAAUACUACGGUAAUAGUGCAUCAAAUGAGAGUACAAAUUAGCCUUAAACUGACUAAAGAUCUCUUGGAGAAGUACCACUGUAGCUCUUUUAAUCAAAUAAGAAUAUGUCGAUGUGCUCAUAUUUUACAUGAAUGCUUCCUCUUUUAAUUCAGUGUACUGAAUAUGUUCUCAGGGUAUAGUGGUUUUAAUACGGGUAUUGUCAAAUGAAUAUUCAGUGAAAAAUAUGAAUGAAAUGUCACUGGAUCUGUGAUAAUUAACCGCAAUUCAUCUUAAGACAGUUAAUGUGUUUUUUCAGUACAAAGGCAAGUAACAGGAAAAAGGCAAGCUGUUAUUGUGUUUAAUAGCAUUUGUCACACUGUUCUUUAAAUUCAUCUGAUUAUUUGUUUUAAAUGCAUUUUUUAUGGGGAAGGGCUGACUUGAAAACAGAGUUGGUGCAUUUAGUUCAUUUUCAUAGCUCCUACUGUUGUCCUGCACUAAAAAUUCUUUAUUUGAAUAUGUACUUUUUUUUUUUUUUUCAUGUGUCAUCUUAGUCUGGUUUCACUCUUACUUGGCUCAUCACAACAAACCUUUAAAAAAUUCAUCUAUUAAUGAUAUGGCAGCAAGAAUAUCUACCUCAUAAUGCCAAAAUUCAGCACAUUCUCCAGUCCCUUUUUUAUACACAAAGAUAAUUUUGUCACUUGCUAAUAUGUUUGUACUCUUCACUCUUUACUAUAUCACUUUAUAAGCCUUAAUAUGCCCACUUGUAAAACCAAACGGUUAUUAUUAGUUUAUCAGUGCCAAGUUUGAACAUAAAACAUCUGCAUUCCACAUUUUGAAUGUUUGUGUGUCACCACCAUAAUUGAAAAAUGUGACCAUUCAUGUUCACUUUGUUGCCUUCAUUUUGGAAUUGCAUAGGAUCCACACUGAUGUCAGCGGAAAAUGGGUUGUACACCAUAUAUAAAGGAUUUGUCUGUGAUUAUUUGUGAUGCAUUGUCCCAGAAACCUGUGAUAGUGUCUCGUGUCUGGUGGUUAUAUUUUAACAGUAAAUAGUUUUUCAUGUACAUGUUGUUACAUAUGUAUGACAUGAAUGCUGUCCACUUGUUUUGCGUAAACCUGUCUUUGCUCACUAAUAAAUUUAUAUCAUUUUAGCAAGAAAAGAAAGUCUUGUCAGGAUUGUCCUAUUUAGCUGUUCAAAUGUAAAGGGAUCAUUUAGCUGUAAUGGACUGCAAGAUUGUGUGGGUUUUGCUGUGUAUAAAUGUGUUUAUUUUCAUUGGUGGGUUAAAAAUCUGUCUCUUUAAAUCCACUCAUCUGUUCUCAUCUAUUCUGUCUGCACUAGUUAAGCAACUAGUUGGUUAAAUGCAAAUCAUAUUUAUUUGCUCUUUGUACAUUUUGUCUUUUUUAAUGUGUUCUCUUUUUCUUUUUUCAAACUGUUCUCUUUACCUCUGUAGCAGGGAUGGCAUUGAAAAAGACACCUGUAACUUUCAUUUUUAUGUUAAGUUUCUUGUAAAUUCUUACCUGACAAAUUAUUUUGGAAAUAGGCCGAAGUAUUUUUUAUGCUGUACAUUUCUUAGAAUAAAUUACGUUUC